AUGAGUGAUGGCAGAAAACGUUUAAGUGGAAGUGCUUAUAAAAAAGUUGCUAAAUUAAAAUUAGAAAAAGAACAAAAAGUCAUUUCUCAAACCGCAAAAUUAACUUCAUUUUCUGGCAAUCAACGACCAUCAAUCUCCAAUUCGCCAAGUGAAAUAGAGACUAUAGCUGAACAGAUUUCAAAUGAGUCUAGUGAUAAAAAUGAGCCUAAUCUUCAGAGUCCUCUUGAAGCCCUAGCAAAUGAAAAUCAAAUAAUUGAAAAUUCGGAAAAACAAUUAAUAAAUACGUCUUCUAUUGCACCAAGUGAACAUCCUCUACAUAGUACUUUUGAAACCAUGGCAAAUGAAAAUCAAUUAAUUGAAUAUUCGGAAUUAUUAAAUACGCCAACUAAAAAACCCAAUCCAACACUUUUUGGGGGGCGGCAAAAUUAA